ACUUUCGAUGAAUCUUAUACCUUACCAUCAAUCUAUCAUCAGACUCUGUGCUUCUAGCGAUGCUGCACUUCUGUUCUUUCGAGUUCAUCUCUUUUGUUCAUGACUACUGAUUUAACUGCUCUCUUUUCACUGCAGAUUCGAACACGCUCAGCAUCCAAGCUUCAGCGACUGCCUCUCGUUAACGGAUCCUACCAGCUCAGCUUCCCGCAACUCACCGCAACUUUCAACCUUCAAUUUAAGCUUAUUGCGCCCAAUGAGUAGAGCCGGCAUGUGAUCAACUUCUGCGUCCUCAAUCCAAUCGAUCAUUGGCCGCAAAAAAGCCAUGUUUGACUCAUGGAGAACUCGCUGGCUCGAGUGGCUCGAGGACAACCCCAGGGUAGGGCAAGUGCUGGCAUUUGUCAGAUCCUGGUUGCCCCCCGUCAAUUACAUCACGAUCCAUUACGCAUACUUCAACUCAGUCACGGCAGCCUCCUCACUCAUCUACUGGGGCUCCUCUAGGCCCUUUGGCAGUGUCGACUAUGUCGACAGCUUGUUCCUCGUCACCUCGGCACUGACCAACACCGGCCUGGCGACAAGGAACCUCAGUGAGAUGACCACUUGGCAGCAGGUGCAACUAUGGUUUCUCCUGAUGAUCGGCAGCCCCAUCUGGGUGUCUUUCUGGACCGUUCUCGUCCGCAAACGAGCGUUCGAAAGGAGGUUUGAGGACAUUGUCGAAACAGAAAGGGAGCGGAGAAGACGCCACCGAGAACUGAAGAAGAUCAACUCGCGUGGCAUCAGGAGAGCUCCCAAUCUGCUCAACAUGCUUUCUCUAUCCAAGUCCAGCGGAGGCCCUGCCGGAACACAGCCAGAGCUGUCGGAACUUGGUUCUCACACGCCGGCACAUGCUCUUGGGCCUCGCCAUCUUGGACAAGAGUUUGCAGACCUCAACCAGAGUUCGUCUCAAAGGACAAUAUCUGGCCCUCUCGAUUCGAUUCCACCUCAUGACCAACAAUCCCUGGAAAAGGUUGACGUUGGUCCUCUGCCUGAUCUCGAGGCUUCGCACGAUGGACCGCGUGACCAUAUUUCCUACGCUGAGCCGAUGUCACCCCCUAAUGACAACGGCCAUGGUCUCACAUUGGCCUACUCGCAUGGCAGCCAUGCCACACCCGGCGCCCCGAACAACUUGAUCAGGCGCGGCUCGAACGCGACCACAGAGGUCUCGGCCGAGUCAGAAGACUUUUUGAUGCAUUGGAAGAAGAUCCUGGGGAACCACAACGUCAGCCGCAGUGCUCAAUUCUAUGAUCUAUCCGAGGAGGAGCGCGAACACUUGGGCGGUUGCGAGUACCGGGCCCUCAAGAUACUGUCCGUCUUUGUGCCCUUAUACUCCAUACUGUUUCAAUUCUUGGGAGCUGUUGCAUUGGCUUGUUGGAUUGGCGUACGCAGCCCUGAGAUCCCGCAAGCGAACGGCCAGAACCCGUGGUGGACCGGAAUUUUCUAUUCGGUGUCGGCUUUCAACAACGGUGGCUUCACAUUGCUCGAUGACAGUGUGGUCCCAUUCCAAUCACAAUACUUCGUUCUCUUCGUCAUUGGGCUGCUCAUCUUGGCAGGCAACACGGCCUACCCAAUUUUCCUACGCCUGGGUCUCUGGAGCACGCUGAGGUUCCUGCAGCUAACGUCCCCGCCACACGUUCAUGGCCCGUGGAAAGAGACCUUUGAGUUUAUCUUGAAAUAUCCGCGUCGAGUGUACACGACGCUGUUUCCAGCGCGGGCUACGUGGUGGCUUGUGGGAGUUCUCUUCGUGACCAAUUUGAUCGAUUGGGUUGCUUUUGAGAUCCUGAAUAUAGGGAAUCAGGAACUGGAAAAGAUACCAGUGGGAGACAAAAUCAUGGCUGGUCUGUUCCAAGCGAUAUCCGUCCGAGCCGCCGGAUUCGCCGUCAUAUCCAUCUCGGCAUUGUAUGUUGGCGUGCAAGUACUGUACUUGAUCAUGAUGUACAUCUCGGUCUAUCCCGUCGUCAUAACGAUGCGCAACUCUAAUGUGUACGAAGAGCGGUCCUUGGGCAUCUACGACAACGAGGACGAGGCUAUCAAGGAGCAGGAAAACUUGACAAAUACCAACCCGCUGUCCUCCGGUCCGGAGCCGGACCCGAAGCACUCUCUUCGCAGACGCAACACGGCCGCCGUGCUUGGCCAGCAGCUGAGGAGGGCAGCCACAUUUCAAGGCGUCGGCGUUGCACGCCCGGUCAAGAGCGAGGACGACACGAGUCGCAUCUCGUUUAUCGGACAGCAGAUUCGGGGCCAAUUGGCGCACGACCUGUGGUGGCUGGUGCUUGCCAUCCUCAUCAUCGUCAUCAUCGAAACGGAUCACUUCCUGAGAGACCCCACCACCUUCAGCGUCUUCAACAUCCUGUUCGAGGCCACUUCGGCCUAUGCGUGUGUUGGCCUGUCGAUUGGCCUACCCAAUGACGCUUUCAGCUUCUCUGGGGGGUUGCACAAGGGCAGCAAGAUUGUGCUGGUGCUCGUCAUGCUCAGGGGUAGACACAGAGGCCUCCCCGUUGCGAUCGAUCGCGCCGUCCGGCUACCGGGCGACCAGCUUCGCAAGGAGGAGGAAGAAGACACCAAAAUCCGGCGUACCAAGACUAUGCACCGCAUGAUGGGUCAAGAGGAAUAGAGACAUGUCGUGUUCCAUGCACAUAUCUGUGGUGGAGUUGUCGAACGAGUUACAAGUCAUUUUGGGAGGAGAAAUUGCAACCGAUAGUUUACCUAAUAAGCGCAAGGUGUUGGGGACAUACAGGCUUCCAGUUAGAUAGCAUGAUCACAGAGGUGCUCUGUACAAUAGAAUU